AUGACUCAAUCAACUUCCCACCGUCGUUCCCCUUCGACUCCUCAUGCCUCGAAGCCUAAGUCUCGUCCUGUCCUACACCGACGGGGUACUUCCGGCGUGAGCUUGUCCAUCUCCAAGUUGGGAUCCGGUCACAGUCACUCUCGGGGCGUGAGCAGGAACAGGGACGACGACGCCGACUUUGAUAUGGCCGCCAGUUUCCUCAAUUUUUGCGCCAUGUGCGAAAAACAAAUCACCGUCCCCUCCAACACCGUCCUCUAUUGCAGUGAAAGUUGCCGUCGCAAAGACUCCUGCAAACCACUAUCAGCCUCUAUGCCCUCUAUGACCAACAUGUCCUCCAUGCACACUACAACAACACCUCCCACAUCCCCUCCUCUUUCCCCCCGAACCAUCGUGGCCCCAAUGACUCCCACCCGGUUCCCUUCCACUUCAAUGCCACCCAUCAGGAUACCCACCGAGCCCCACGACUGCAAAUCAGAUCUUGACCCCACUGAAUGGAAGCCCGUAUUACUCGCCGGCGGCCAAGGCACCGGAACCUCCCUCGCCUCCUCCGACGCCUGGAACUAUCUCUCCCGAUUCCACGGUGGUUCAGAGAACCUCCUCGCUGGCCGCGCCCGUAGCGCCGCUUCCCUACCGGCUCUCGUCGGCGGCGCUCCGUCCAUGACAGCUGCCCCCUCUGAGGCCUCGUCUUACUCCAGCACCGCCUCCGACUACCUCGGCAUGUACGAGCAGCGCCCUCUUCCCCCGCGCCACAACCCGUACUUCUCCUCCAGCGCCGCGACCAAGGGCGUGGAACUGGUUGUUCCGCACAUCAUGAGCACGCCUGAUGUUGUCGCUGUCGAGAUGUCGGAUUCGGGAUCCAUUUUCCCCGCUAGUUCGACGGUUUGGGAAAAUGCUUGUGAGAAGUCGGUCCCUAUUACCAUUGAGUCUGUGCAGGCACGGACUCAGAAUGCUUGA